AUGGGUAAAGGUCGCCGUAUGAAGAAGCAGGGCCCUCCGGCCCCGCUUGAUGAGUCAAAAAUCACCAUGAUGAAGAAACGCAAGACCGGCGACUCAGAUUCAAAACCGGAAGCUGGCAAGAAGCGAAGACGCAAUGAUGCCGAGGAAGACGGACCCAAGGACAUUCAGAAGAAGAAGAAGGUCAAUGGGGCUGCUGUCAAUGGGAAAGAGAAGAAGGGCGCUGUUGCGACUGGCGGCAAAGAUAAGAAGAAGGUCGUGCAGAAGCAACCAGAGCCCGAAUCAGAAGAUGAUGAGGAUGAGAGCAUGUCCGAUUUCGAUGGGGAAGGGUUGGAUGAGGGUGAGUUUGAUAAUUUGGAUGGUGUUAGUGAGGGGUCUAUGGAUAGUCAGGGCUCAGGACAGUUUGGGUUUGGGAGCGACGAUGACGAGGAGGAGGAUUCUGUGGUCGAUUCAGAUGAAGAAGACCACCCACGACAGGCUAUGUUCUCAGACGACGAAGACUUUUCUGACGCAGAAGAGAAGCUAACGGCGGCAAACAUUGCUGGUCUGUCUCGGAAGUUGGAUGAACAAAAGCAAGCAGAAGAGGAAGAGGCAGAGCUGGAGAUGCAAGAAUCUGCGAUGCAGACAAACAUCGCCGGUGACCGUACGGAUGUAUUCGAAGGUGCGGACGGAGAAGGAUUGGCUCCUAACCUUCAGUUGCUCCGGACAAGGAUCACAGAGACAAUCCGCAUUUUGGGCGACAUGAAGACACUUGGUCAACCUGGCAAGUCUCGCGCCGACUACACUCAGCUGCUACUUAACGAUAUCUGCACAUACUACGGAUACACCCCAUUCCUCGCCGAAAAGCUCUUUAACCUCUUCACACCAAUGGAAGCAUUUGCAUUCUUCGAAGCCAACGAAACACCGCGUCCUGUCGUCAUCCGUACCAACACCCUCCGCACAAACCGAAGAUCUCUUGCUCAAGCACUGAUCAACCGUGGUGUUGUCCUCGAACCCGUCGGAAAGUGGUCAAAGGUUGGUCUACAGGUGUUUGAAUCCGCUGUACCCCUUGGUGCCACCCCGGAAUACCUCGCAGGUCACUACAUCCUUCAAGCCGCCUCUUCAUUCCUCCCCGUCAUGGCUCUCGCCCCUCAAGAGAAUGAGCGAGUCCUCGAUAUGGCCUCCGCCCCUGGUGGUAAGACCACCUACAUCGCCGCCCUGAUGCGCAACACCGGCUGCGUCAUUGCCAACGAUGCCAGCAAGCCCCGUGCAAAGGGUCUUAUCGGUAACAUCCACCGUCUCGGUUGCAAGAACACCAUCGUAACACACCUCGAUGCUCGGACCGCCUUCCCCAAAGCAAUGGGCGGCUUCGACCGUGUCCUCCUCGAUGCGCCCUGUACCGGAACAGGCGUUAUAGCCAAAGACCCCGGCGUCAAAACCAACAAGACCGAACGCGACUUCCUCGCCAUCCCGCACAUGCAGCGCCAGCUGCUCCUCGCCGCCAUCGACUCCGUCGACCACUCCUCCAAGACUGGCGGUUAUAUCGUCUACUCCACCUGUUCCGUAACAGUCGAAGAAAACGAAGCCGUCGUCAACUACAUCCUCAAGAAACGCCCUAACGUCAAGCUCGUCGACACCGGACUCGGCAACUUCGGUACCCCCGGUUUCUCGCACUACAUGGGUAAGCACUUCGAUGCGAAGAUGACCAUGACAAGACGCUACUUCCCGCACCGCGAGAACGUCGACGGCUUCUUCGUCUGUAAGUUGAAGAAGACCGGCCCGACACCCGUGCAGAAGCCCGGUGAGAAGGACCAGAGCGCCACAGAGACCAGCAGACCCAAGUCCGCAGCCUCGACAACGGAUGAAAGCGACGACGCAGCCGACAAGACACCUAUCGCUGACGAGGAUGGCAAUACGGGAGAGGGAUUCGGUCCGUUCGAAGAGAACGAGGAGGAGGAUGCGGAGCUCAUCGCACGUGCUGAGAGGAAGCGUCUCCGCCGCAAGGGUAUUCACCCUAAGUCUGUCAUGAACAAGCCGAAGAAGCCGCCAGCGGGAAAGACGGAGACGAAGUCCGACGAGUCGUCAGCGUCAAAACCGGAAGCCGAGAAGUCUGCUACUGCUGAGAAGCCCAAGCCUCAGGAAGAGGGAAAGAAGGACGAGCCUAAGGAGAAAAAGGAAAAGAAGAAGAAGUCUUCC